CAAUAAUAUAUCAUUUAGGAGAUACUUCUUCUUAGUUUGACUUUUGGGCGCUCCAAUCCAAGAAGAUUCGAACAUAUACAGAAGAAAAACAUGGAGGGGAGACAGAUAUAGGAGGCAACGCCGCCACCACCACCAGCAAUAACUCGCCUUGCCUCAUGGAUACGACUCAAUCACAGUGCCCGCCCUUGGGAUUCUCGGGCGACUACUACCAUGUCUCUGACGUUGGCUGUGUGAGACAAAGCAGUUUCUUUCAAGGGAAACCAGUGCUUAGCCAGGGUGUCGGAUACUCAGUUAUUCUUGGUUUUGGUGCCUUCUUCGCUGUUUUCACAUCCUUCCUGGUAUGGCUGGAAAAGCGUUAUGUUGGGUCCCGCCAUACGUCUGAAUGGUUCAACACUGCAGGGAGAAACAUUAAAACGGGACUUAUUGCUAGUGUGGUUGUAUCUCAGUGGACUUGGGCUGCUACGAUUUUGCAAAGUUCCAAUGUCGCUUGGGAGUAUGGUGUUAGCGGACCUUUCUGGUAUGCAAGUGGAGCUACCAUCCAGGUACUCCUUUUUGGUGUAAUGGCUAUAGAGAUAAAAAGAAAGGCUCCUCAUGCUCAUACUGUUUGUGAAAUUGUUAAAGCUCGUUGGGGGACUGCCGCGCACAUUGUCUUCCUUGCCUUCUGCUUUUUGACUAAUAUCAUUGUAACAGCAAUGUUGCUCCUUGGUGGAUCUGCGGUUGUAAAUGCACUCACUGGAGUGAACAUUUAUGCUGCUAGUUUUCUCAUACCACUUGGGGUUAUUUUGUACACAUUAGCUGGAGGACUAAAAGCAACCUUCUUGGCAAGCUAUAUACAUUCUGUUAUAGUUCAUAUUGUUUUAGUCAUCUUUGUCUACUUGGUUUACACGGCAAGCAGUGAGCUUGAGCCCAGUGUAAUAUACAACCGUCUAGUUGAGGUAGCAAGCAAAUCAAGAACAUGUGAGGAGCCAGUUUCCCAUGAUGGGCAAUCUUGUGGCCCUGUUAGUGGGAAUUACAAAGGGUCUUACUUGACAAUGUUGAGUUCAGGUGGCCUCAUUUUUGGGAUUAUCAAUAUUGUUGGCAACUUUGGCACUGUGUUUGUUGACAAUGGAUAUUGGGUGAGUGCCAUUGCUGCAAGACCUUCAUCAACUCAUAAGGGCUACUUGUUGGGUGGGCUGGUCUGGUUUGCGGUGCCGUUCUCUUUGGCGACAUCACUGGGUUUGGGAGCACUGGCCCUUGAUCUACCAAUUACAGAAAGUGAGGCAAGCCAUGGACUUGUUCCUCCUGCUACUGCUAUAGCUUUAAUGGGAAAAGGAGGAUCUGUUCUUCUUCUUACUAUGCUUUUCAUGGCAGUGACAUCUGCUGGUUCAUCUGAGCUAAUAGCAGUUUCCUCAUUAUGCACAUAUGAUAUCUACCGCACUUACAUAAAUCCAGAGGCAAGUGGAAAGGAAAUCCUUAGAGUGUCAAGGGGUGUUGUCCUCGCCUUUGGCUGCUUUAUGGGAAUGUUAGCGGUAAUACUGAACAGAGCUGGAGUUUCUUUGGGUUGGAUGUAUCUUGCCAUGGGAGUGCUUAUUGGUUCAGCAGUUCUUCCCAUUGCUUUUAUGCUUCUAUGGAAGAAAGCCAAUGCAUGUGGUGCCAUCCUCGGUGCUACUAGUGGUUGUGUUCUUGGAGUAAUCACUUGGCUCUCAGUUGCAAGAAUAGAGUAUGGCCGUGUGAAUCUUGACACAACUGGUCGAAAUGCACCAAUGCUGGCUGGAAAUCUUGUCUCUAUACUUACUGGAGGAGCUGUUCACGCUAUUUGUAGCAUUUUGUGGCCUCAAAACUAUGAUUGGCAUACCACUAAGCAGAUCACACUGGUUGAGAAGGAAAAGAGUGAGCAGCCAGAAGAAGAGUUCAAUGAGGAAAAGCUGAUGGUGGCUAAAGCAUGGAUAAUAAAAUGGGGCGUUGGUUUUACUGUCUUGAUUGUUAUAUUGUGGCCUCUUCUCUCCCUUCCAGCAGGAGUAUUCAGUAAGGGGUACUUUACAUUCUGGGCAGUGAUUGCUAUAGCAUGGGGUACUAUUGGUUCUGCUGUAAUUAUUGGUUUACCACUGGUAGAAAGCUGGGAAACCAUCCGAAGCAUCUUUCUAGCCAUGUUUACAAAUGACAAGCUCAUGGAAAAGGUUGAGGAGAUGAAUUUGAAGCUGCAGACAAUCAUGUUGGCUAUACCUGAAGCAGAGAAAAUUUACUUGCAUGAGAAAGAGAAGGCUAAGAAAACCAAAGCAUCAGAGUAACAAGUUGGCUUCACAUCUAUAUGCCAGCUUAAGCAGCUUCUUUUUUUUUCUUUUUUUUUUUUAAUUUAUUUAUUUUAAAUUUCAAAUGAAUCUUCAAUACUGCAAUUGGUACUUGCUAUUUGAUCAUGAUUUCGAGAUAACUAAGGUCUGUCUUAUGAAUAUAUUUAGAACUGAAGUGGCAACUAGAAGACUUGGAAGGAUUUUUGUUUUUUGUAUUUUGUUUUUCUGAUUUUCCAGAAUGGUGCUAAUUGAAUUGCUUGAAUUCAUAGAAGAAAGAAAAUAAUAUCUACUA